AUGGGAAUUCCCAAGAUGUUCCGGUUCCUCACGGACCGGUAUCCCCUAAUUAUGCAGCGUCUUGAUGAAGACCACGUCUUUGACCAUUUCUAUCUUGAUAUGAAUGGCAUCAUUCAUCAGUGCACUCAUCCAAACGAUGACAAAAUUGCAAUUGAGAACAUUGAGGAAAUGUUCGCGAGCAUAUUCGAAUACACUGAAAGGCUGUUUCGCAUCAUGGCUCCCACCAAGCUCAUGUUUCUCGCUGUUGAUGGAGUCGCUCCAAGAGCGAAAAUGAAUCAACAGCGCUCAAGAAGGUUCCGCUCUGCGAAAGAUGCUGAACGAAAUAUUAUCGAAGCAAUUGAAAGAGGAGAAGAAGUUCCAGAGGGAAAGCCGUUUGACUCCAACUGCAUCACGCCGGGAACCGAAUUUAUGUACAACCUGUCCGAACGCUUUCGUACAUGGAUACAUGAAAAAAUGAGCACCGAUCCGGCCUGGCAAAAGGGCUGCACUGUCGUUUUCUCUGGUUCAGAAGUCCCAGGAGAAGGGGAGCACAAGAUUAUGGAUCACAUCCGCAGCUGGCAAAAGUCUGAUCAGUACAGUCCAGAAAUAAGGCAUUGCAUGUAUGGUCUGGAUGCGGAUCUAGUGAUGCUUGGCCUUGUCGCCCACGCGCCUCAUUUCACACUUCUGCGGGAAAAAAUGAAAUUUUCCAGGAACGGAAGGAAAGUACCGAAGAUGAAGGGAACGGAGAACGACGCCAACGAGUUUGAGUUACUUGAAAUUGCUAUGCUCCGAGAUAUGUUGUUUCUUGAGUUUAAGAGAACUGAGACCGGAGAUCCGUUCGAGCGUCCGUUUGACAGGAGAUCACGGAGGCCGCCUAGCAAGUUUGAAAGGAAAGCAAUGCUCGCGACGUUUCCGAGAGAGCAAUCAAAAUCGAUGAAUGGCACGGGGGAGAAGCGAAGACCCGUUCUGAAACUUGAAGCGCGUCGCGUUGUCGACGAUUUUGUGUUCAUGUGUAUGCUUGUCGGCAACGAUUUUAUUCCCAAUUUGCCUCAUCUCGACAUUGCAGAAGGCGCUAUCAAUAUAAUGUUUAGAGUAUACAAGGAAUUGCUGCCGACAUGGGGCGGGUAUAUCACGUUGGGGCACAAACUCCAUCAUGAUCGCCUCGAGUCCUUUCUGACAAAGCUGUCGCAAAGCGAAUCCGACUACUUUGAAAAUCGCGCCUUCUCUGACAAUAUGGCUGCGUACAGAACUCCUGCAUAUCGCCGUGAAUAUUAUAAGCAAAAGUUCAAUUUCGAUGUUGAUGGUGAAGGCGGUUCGCAGAAUGUGGAGAGGUUAAAGAGGAUACAUAUGGAGGGACUACACUGGGUCUUGCAGUACUAUCACAACGGGGUUUCGUCAUGGAAUUGGUUUUAUCCAGACUUUUACGCCGUCCUCGCGAGUGAUAUGAAGAACUUGCGGAGUAUCAAGGUCGGAUUCCAGAAAGGGCGGCCUUUCAGACCUCUCACACAACUAAUGGCCGUUCUGCCUCCGGCGUCGGCCCACUUUUUACCUGCUCCAAUGGGCAAGAUGAUGCUGACGCCGGAAUCCGCCGUUGCAGAAUUUUAUCCAGUCGACUUUGAGACGGAUAUGAACGGAAAGCGAAAUUCCUGGGAGGCUAUAGUUAUCGUUCCCUUCAUUGAUGAGAAAAGGCUGCUCGCGGAGGUCAAUGCAAUCGACAAAGAGCAGUUCUCGGAGGUUGAGAGGAAGCGUGACGAAUUUGGACCGGAAUAUUGGUUUUAUGCUCAAGAUUAUCCGACGUCAGAUAUUGAAGUGGUGCCCGUGCGUACUUCGAAAUAUUUUGUUCCCUACUCUGAGAGAUCAAGAAGUCCUUCAAGUCCAACGAGGACACCAAGUCCGCGGCGAGGUGUUUCAAACGGAACCGGGCACAGGCAGUCUUCUCUCCGUGGAGGAGGCAGCGAGCACGGUUCCGCUAGUCGUUCAAGCGCGCAGGACGCAAGAUCUACUGCCUCAUCUAACAGAAGCUCACGCGGAAGCGGUCGAGGUCGCGGUCGUGGAAGUCGGGGAGGUAGAGGUCGUGGGACAGAUUCCCGGGGAGGAGGGCGCCAAUAG